UGGGGGAAAGAGAGGCACUGCCGCAGGCCGGAUGAAGUGCGGACCCGGGACUGUCUGCCCGGCCGAUGCUGACCAGGUCGUUGCGUCCCACCCUCUGGGAAGCUGUAGGCUCAGGCUGUGCCUUCCUGGACCCUUCCUGGCCACUUCCUGCCCACCCGUGUCCCACCCGCGGCGGGAGGGGGCGACCGUGCCUUCCCCGAGGACGUCACAGGAUCCCUGAAAAUCACCAUGCCCCCCUUUAGGGCGAACUGACACUCCGGAAGGGAGUGUAAGCCUGCGGGUUCACUCAGCGAGGGAGGGGGCCGAGCUAGAACUAGUUCCCGCUUCUUCCCAGUCCCAGUCCACUCUACACCUGAAAUCCCCAGAGCCUGGAGGGCGGAGUUUGGGCCUGAGUGUGCGGUGACCUGAAAAAAAAAAAAAUGUCUGGAUUUCUAGAAGGCUUGAGAUGCUCAGAAUGCAUUGAUUGGGGAGAAAAGCGAAAUACUAUCGCUUCCAUUGCCGCCGGUGUUCUAUUUUUUACCGGCUGGUGGAUUAUCAUAGAUGCCGCUGUCAUUUAUCCCAGCAUGGAAGAGUUCAACCACUCCUACCACGCCUGUGGUGUUAUAGCAACCAUAGCCUUCCUAAUGAUUAAUGCAGUAUCGAAUGGACAAGUCCGAGGUGAUAGCUACAGUGAAGGUUGCCUGGGUCAAACAGGCGCUCGCAUUUGGCUGUUCAUUGGCUUCAUGUUGGCCUUUGGCUCUCUGAUUGCAUCAAUGUGGAUUCUCUUUGGAGGGUACGUUGCUAAAGAAAAAACCACAGUAUACCCUGGAAUUGCUGUAUUUUUCCAAAAUGCCUUCAUCUUUUUUGGAGGACUGGUUUUUAAGUUUGGCCGCACCGAAGACUUAUGGCAAUGAAAACAGCUGAUUGAUUACUGCACAGCAGCCCUGCAUGGGUAUUUUUUACUACUCACUCCCAGUCUUUUGUAAUGCCAUUUUCUAAACUUAUUUCUGAGUGUAGUCUCAACUUAAAUUUGUAUAAUACAAAAUCAUGAGAACUUCCUAUUUAAACAACAAAUUCUAUUGUAUGCAUUUGAUGAACUUGUAAAAAUGCUAAAGAAAAAUACUUCACAUGAGAAAUUUUUAUUACGUUUUAUCAUGGUAUAAUUUGUCAAAAUAAAAAUAAAUCACGAAAGAAAUUAUGGAAGAAUCUUAUAUGAGUAUUUGUCAUGUCCAAGGUCCAAAAUGCAAUUAAAAGUGCUCUGAAGAUUUAAUGUGUUUAUUUAAAUGUGGCCUCUUCUGUGUCAAGUGUUAAAUGAAAUAUAAACAUUCUUGUUUUUAAAAGCUA